AUGGUAAUGCUACCACUUCAUGAAAAUAGUUCAACUAUCAGAAAAAAAUAUAAGAAGAAUAAUAAAUUUUUCGGAGGUGAAACAUCUGUAAAGAAUUUUUUGGAAAGAUAUUCUUUUACAAAUAAAAAAGACAAUAAAAAAAAUGAGAAAGGAACAAAAUUAAAUAUUCUAAAAUAUAUGAAAUUAUAUAUGCAAAAACCUGUAAAACAUCGUAUAACAUUUAAUAUAAUUGUAUUCACGUUGUUUUUAGUUAUAAUAUAUAUUUUUUAUCACAAAAUUGAAAAUAUUAAAACAGUAUUCUUAAUAAGUUUAACAUUAUACAGUUUGUAUUUCUUAUUAUUUUCUCUUUAUAUGUUAAGUACUAUAUUAAAUGAUGAAUAUGGGGAUUAUAAUACAUUGAAAAAAUAUGAUAUGACUAACAAUAUAUACAUGAAUGACAACGAAUUAAAUUUAAUAAAUGAUAAAAAUGAUGUUCAACAAAUAAACAAUUCACAAAAUAAUAAUGAUAAUUAUGUACAUCAAAUGACUAAUGACCAUAAUAUUCAAAAAAAAGAAAUAAAGAAAGAAUAUGAAAAAUUAAAAUAUGAUAAUCAUAAUAAUAAUGAAAAUAAUCUUAUAAAUCCAUAUAAUUUAGAACAAAAUAAUCAAACUUUCAAUCAGCAUAUUUCGAAUGAAUAUGAAAAAAAUAAUAUAAAUCUUAUUCACACUAAAAAUACAAACAAUGAUAAUAAAGGAGAUAUGAAAAAUGAAAUUGGAACAAAUGAAGGGUAUGAAAUUUCUUCUUUUGAUAGUAUAGGAAUACCAAUAAAAGAAGGAUCGGAAGGAUUUUUUACAGUUCAGUAUAAUUCUAUAUUUAAAAUAUCCAUAGUUUUUACUUUAUUAAUUUUAUCUUUAUAUAUUAUAAGAGGUGAAGAUACCAAAUUACCCCAAGGAGAUAAUCAAAUGACUGAUAUGAUGAACAACAACAACAACAACAACAAUAAUAAUAAUAAUAAUAGUAGUAGUAGUAAUGGUACUAUUAUUAUUUCGUCAUAUGCUUAUGGUAUUAUAACUGCCAUAUCUUUCCUAUUAGGUGCCCUGUGUAGUUCCAUUGCAGGAUAUAAUGGUAUAUAUGUUGCUGUACGUGCUAAUGUAAAAGUUGCUAAAGCAGCCACCUAUUCAUAUAAGAAAGCUUUAAUAACAUGCUUUAGAAGCGGUGCUGUUAGUGCUAUCGUUAAUGUUGCACUUGCUAUUUUUGGUAUAUGCUCACUCUUAUUAUUAGUUAAUAUCCUAUAUCCAACUUUAGCCUUUUCUAAAUAUCCUUUAUUAAUUGUUGGAUAUGGAUUCGGAGCUUCCCUAGUUGCUAUGCUCUAUCAACUAGCUGGUGGUAUCUAUACCAAAGCUGCCGAUAUUGGAGCUGAUCUAGUAGGAAAAGUUGAAAAACAUAUACCUGAAGAUGAUCCUAGAAACCCAGCUGUCAUAGCUGAUCUAGUUGGUGAUAAUGUUGGAGAUUGUGCAGGACAAUGUGCUGAUUUAUUUGAAUCCAUAUGUGCUGAAAUUAUUGCAUCCAUGAUACUAGGGGGAAAUUUAUCAGAAAAUGGAAUAAUAUCCGAACAGACAGCUAGCUAUUUUGUUCUAUUCCCAUUAUUUGUACAUUCUAUGGAUUUGCUUAUAUCAACAAUUGGUAUCUACUUAGUAUCUGUUAAAAAUAACAAUGAACCCUUUUCUACAUUAAAUUUGGAAUGUAACACGAAAAUUAUAGAUAAAAAAGACAUAAACUAUUUUAAUAAUAUAAAUUCAAAUAUGCAUGUAGAAGAAUCAGCAAUGCAACCUCUUAAUAAUAAUAAUAAAGAAGAAUCUGAUUUAUUAUAUGCAAAAUAUGAUUGUGAUGUUACAUCGGAACAAUUAGAAAAUCCUUUAAAAGCAAUGUUGAAAGCAUAUUUUUUUACGUGCUCACUUGGAGUUGUGGGAUUUUCAUUUUUAUGUAAACUUCUUUUUUCAUUAGAUAAUGCAAAAAAUGCAUGGAUAUAUUUUUCUUUUUGUGGAUUUAUUGGUAUGGCAUGUUCUUAUUUAUUUGUUAUUUUGACAAGAUACUAUACAGAUUAUUCAUAUCCAAAAGUUAAAAAAAUAGCUCAUGCUUCUUUAAGUGGAUCUGCAACCAAUAUAAUAGCAGGUUUGUAUGUAGGAUUAGAAUCUACUUUUUUCCCAGUCAUUGUAAUAUCUAUAUCAUUAUUGUUAUCUUAUUAUUUAGGAUUAAAGAGUAAUAUAACAGGAGAUCACAAUAUUAUAAAUGGUCUAUAUGGUACAUCUGUUGCAACAAUGGGUAUGCUUUCAACAGCUGUUUUCAUUCUCAGUAUGUCAAAUUUUGGUCCAAUAGCUGACAAUGCAGGAGGUAUAGUAGAAAUGUGUAAACAACCGAAAUAUGUACGUGUUAUAACAGAUAAACUAGAUGCCGUUGGUAAUGUAACAAAAGCUAACACAAAAGGAUUUAGUGUAGGUUCGGCUGCACUUGCAUGCUUUCUCCUUUUUUCAGCUUUUCUAAGUGAAGUGUCAGUACAUUCAAAAAUGCCAUUUUCAACAGUUGAUAUUGCUAUCCCAGAAGUUUUUAUUGGUGGUAUAUUAGGAUCAGUAGUUGUUUUUCUUUUUGCAGGAUGGUCCUUAGAUGCAGUAGGAAAAACAGCUGAAGAAGUUUUGAAAGAAGUUAGGAGACAAUUUAAUGAACAUCCAGGAAUUUUAACAUAUAAAGAAAAACCAGAUUAUCAUACAUGUGUUGCAAUUAUUAGUAAAAGAGCAUUAAUCGAAACAAUAAAACCUGGACUUUUAGGUGUGCUUUCUCCAAUUAUUGUUGGUUUAAUAUUUAAGCAAUUAGGAAUAUUACAAAAUAAUCAACUUUUAGGAGCACAAGCAAUGGCUUCCUUUAUUAUGUUCUCUACCUCCACCGGUAUACUUAUGGCACUAUUUCUAAAUAAUGCAGGAGGAGCAUGGGAUAAUGCUAAAAAAUAUAUUGAAUCGGGUUAUUAUGGAGGAAAAAAUAGUCAAGCACAUGUAUCUAGUGUAAUUGGAGAUACUGUUGGUGAUCCAUGUAAAGAUACUGCUGGACCAUCUAUUCAUGUUCUCAUAAAACUUAUAUCUACUAUAACAAUGGUGAUAACUCCAUUAAUUGCAUCUACUACAACAAAGAGUGUCUAUUCAUGA